AUGGCUGCGCGGAUGCUGGCGGCGGAGCGCGGCGCAGGCCACGCGCGCGCAGCGAGCGCGGACCUCACGGCGCACUACGUUGCAGCUUCCGCUGGGGGUGGGGGUGGGGGGGGGGUUGCGGGCGGAGGUGCUGCUGCUGCGAGCGCGGGAGGUCUGUCUUGGGGAGCGGGGGCGGCGGACGAAGGGGGGCGCAGCGGGCGCAUCUCCCGCGUUUUCAGGCGGUUAGGGCUGGGGAGCGGACGCUCGUCCCCGGUGGGCGUGAGUGGGCUUGGGGGGGCGAGCAGCGGGAGGGUGGACAUGGGGGUCGCGGGGGGAGCGGGAGGCGGGUUCGAAAAGAGUUUCUAUGAUACGCCGUUGCCUCUAUCAGAGGAUAGGAAACGGCUGAAUAGGCCGUCUGCUGCUGCUGCUGCUGCUGCUGCUGCUGCUGGUGGUGCUGAAAGUGGGACGGUGGAAUCGAAGAGGAGAGAGGAAGCAGAUGCGAGGAGGGAAGAAAAGGAGUACGGGGGAGAGGAAGUGGAGGAGUGGGAGGAAGAGUUAGUGGAGGAGAGGGAGGAGGAGGCGAGGAGGAAAGGAGUGAGCACGGACGAGAUGCAUCAGGGGUUGCUGUUGAGAGGCUUGCGUGGUGGUGGUGACGGCGGUGCUAGUAGUUCUUCUGCCUUCCAUGGCAGCCGUUUUCCCGUGUCGUCCCCUCCUCACAACGCACCUGCUUCUGCUACGCCCUCUUUCGCGAGAGGAGCAGCGCAAGGGGCCACUCCCGCCGGCGCAGCAGCAGCAGCAGCAGCAGCAGAUGCAGACACAGCAGAAGGCGCAUCAGCAGGGGCAGAGGCGGGGGCGUGGGCGGUAGGGCAGGAGAUCGAAGUAGACGUGGUGGGGGAGGAUGGGCGCAGCAGCACCAUCCCUGCGCGCCUGGUGGAAGCCACAGUGGUGCAGAGCGGUGCAGGGGGGCGGCGAGUGAUGGGAAAGAUUGUGCUGGCAACAGGGGAGGUGAUGAUGGUGGCGGUGGAAGAGGAGGAGGGGGAGCGCGGAGGCGCGCCCAUGGCGCAGCCUGUGGGGAAGGGGGACAGGGGGGACGGGGGGGACGGGGGAGAAGGGGGGGACGGGGGGGAUGGGGGAGAGAUGGUGGCUUGGGGAGGAUCGGGAACGGGGGUAGGGAGAGCGGUUGCAGCUGGCGUGUGUGCAGAGGAGUUGGGGGCGGUAAUAGUGGGUGGUGGGAGUGAGAGCUUGGGCGAUAGACUUGGUGGGCGGAGGGAGCAGAAGACAGGGGGGAGGGAUAAGGAGAGGGAGAGGAAGAAGGAGAAGGAGAAGGAUAAAGAAAAGGGGAAGGAGGCUGGGAGUGUGAAGGAGAAGGAUCGAGCGUUGAGGGAGGUUCUGGAGAUGUCUAAGGGGAUUGGACGGUCCAGAUCGAGCAUGGCAGAGCUGAUCAAACGGGUGAGCAAGGACGGAGGGUGUAGCAGUUCGGAUGAGAAGGAGGGGGAAGUAGCCGGGGGGUCGCAGGGAGGGGGGAGAAAAGAAGGGCCGAGAAAGGAAGAGGGGCGAAAGGAAGUGGGAAAGAAGGAAGGGGGCGUGGGCAUGGGCGUGGGCAUGGGCAUGGGGAAGGGGAAGGAUGCAUUGAGAAAGGAACGAAGCAGUAAACUGGGGCGAUCACAGUCGAAUGUUGGUGAGCAACGUAGGGGUGGUGCGAUGGAAGGGGAGGGGGUGGGGAGGUCGCGAGAAGGUGCAGGGGAGAAGCGGCGGGGGUCAAGGCUACGAGGGACGUCACAGGGUGGUAUGUCCUGGGGUGGUGCUGCUGAUGGCGCUGCUGUUGGUGGGAGUGGUGUGGCUGGGAUGGGUGGUGUGGGUGGUGUUGGUGGUGGUGUUGGCAGUGGUGGUGGCGCUGCUGUAGGUGGUGCGGGGAUGGGAAGCGAGGAGGAGUCAGUUGUUGGGAAGAGUGUGACUCUGCCGCUGGAGAGGGAGAGGGAGAGGGAGAGGGAGAGAGAAAGGGAGAGGGAGAGCGAGAGGAGGGCAGAUGGGGGGGAGAGCGGUGGGGAGAAAUCGGGCAUGGGAGUGGGCAUGGGCAUGGGCAUGGGCAUGGGCAUGGGCAUGAGCAUGAGCAUGGGCAUGGAUGGGUGGUCGCCGCACAGCAGCAGCGAGGGGACAGAGGGUAGCCGGCACGGGUCGGAGCAGGGGGGGAUUGCGCUGGGUGCAGGCGGGCUCGGAGGGGCAGGGGUAUGGGGUGGGGGAGGGGGAGGGGCAGGAGCAGGAGAGGGGGAGAAUCCAGAGGCCGUGGCAGCGAGCAUGCGGAGGGCGUGGGUGAGAGGCGGAGGGGGGGGAUCUCGGCUGAGUAUCCAGCAGCGGGAGCGGCGGCGCGCUCACAGCCGCUCCCAAAAGGACGCAGCUUGGUCCUUCCCUGCCAUGCCAGACCUUGAAGCUGCUGCUGCGCGCCUGGUGAUUGGGCCUCAGGAAGGGGAGGGGGAGGAGGAGGAAGAGGCGUUGCCUCCCCUGCCGGAGGGGGAGGUGGAAUUGGCAGCGGCGGCUGCGGCUGUGCGUGCUGCUGCUGGGUUGGGAGAUGGUGAGGAGAGUGAGAGUGAGAGUGAGGGGGAGGAGGAGGAAGGGAGGAGGGUUGGGGAUGGGAUGAUCAGCCCCUUGGUGAGUCCUAUCCGGAGCUCUGCUGAUCUUUCCGCUGGUGGGAGAGGUGGUGAAGGCGAAGAGGAGGAAGAGGAGGAGGAGGAGGAGGAGGAGGAGGAGGAGGAGGAGGAGGAGGAGGAGGAGGAGGAGGAGGAGGAGGAGGAGGAGGAGGAGGAGGAGGAGGAGGAGGAGGAGGAGGAAGAAGAGGAGGCUGCUACACCUCCGUCCCUUGGCCGUACAGAUGCCAGUGGCGGUCUUAUGACCCCUACCACCACCACCAUCGCCACCACUGCUCCCACCGUUCUACUCCCUGCAAGUUCACCAGCAGGCAAAUCAGCAGGCAGAUCAGCAGCAGCAGCAGCAGCAGCAGCAGUGGCAGCAGGAAUGGGAGUGCCUCCUCUCUACUCCCCCGUGCUGAGACCGUCCGCGGCAGCAGCAUCAGCGUCCGUCAUUGCUGCUGCUGCUGCAGCCGCUGCAGACGCCCGCUCACGCACGCCUCUCCGCGUGGCCAUAGCGUCCCGCCAGGGCGCUGCUGCUGGCCGCUCAACAGCAGCAGCUGCUGCUGCCGCCGCUGCUGCUGGUGCGGGUGCCGGGGCUGCUGGUGGUGCUGGGGGUGUGAAGCAGGGGGGGAUGCUGUGGCAGCGCAGGAGCACGAGUUUUGGGGCUAUGGAGCUAGAAUCUCUAAUGACUGGAAGAGGGAAGGAUCCGUGGGGUAUGGGUUAUGCGGGCCCUCUCAGUUCUGGCGCCAAGGCUGUUGCAAGCGCUGUUGCUGCUGGUGCUGGCGCUGGCGCUGGUGCUGGUGGUGUUUUUGCAGUAAGGCCGCGGUCGCCGCUGCAGCAGCGCAAGAGAGUGAUGACAGACCCUGCUCGCAUGCGGCCACCUGUCCCGCCCAGCACUGCUGCUGCUGCUGCUGCUGCUGCUGCUGCUGCUGCUGCUGCUGCUGCCGCUGCUGCUGAUGUGCAUCUGUUGUUGCAGCAGGAGCAGGAGCAGGAGCAGGAGCAGGAGCAGGAGCAGGAGCAGGAGUGGGAGCGGGAGCGGGAGCACGAGCGGGAGCAGGAGAAGCAGCAAGGUAAGCAGCAGCAGCAGUUUGUCUCGGAGCAGGCAAGUGUGCAGCAGCGGGCGCAGCAGUCGCCACUGGCAAGGAUAAUGUCUGAAGAUGAUGGCGUGCCACGCAGCGACUCCGUGGUCAUACAUGAGUUCAGCUGUGAUGACAUGGACUCGGAAGGGGGAGUGGUGGCGGGUGAGGAGGGCGAGGAGGUCGAGGAGGGCGAGGAGGGCGAGGAGGGCGAGGAGGGCGAGGAGUGGGAGGAGGAGGGAGAGGAGGAGAGAGAGGAGAGAGCGGAGGACGGGAGAAGGAAGGAGUGGGAGGAUGUGGAGGAGGAGGUGGUGAGUGAGGAGGGUGGAUUGGAUGUGAGGGGAGGAAGAGCGGUCAAGGUGGUGCGAUGGAGCGAGGUGAAGGAGGAGGGCAGGGAGGGGAGGGAGGGCAAUGCACGCUUGGAAACUUCAGAGGAGGAUGAGUUAGAAGCAGAUGGGGAGGAGGAGACUGAUUCUGAUGGGGCAGAGGAUGAGACGGAAGAGGAAGAGGAUGAAGUUGUUGAUGAGAUGAUGUUUGUGCGAUCGCUCUCGACGAUCCGACGGCCGGAAAUUGUUCGUCGGCUCAGCAGCGUACGCACAAUGGGAGCAGCAGCAGCAGCAGCAGCAACGAGCCGCGAGUUUGGGAUCAUAGGCAUGGCACGCUCAGCUGCACAAUCGUGCCAGGAGCACUGGUCCCGCCUCUUCCUCCGGUACUUAGAGCUUUCCCUCCAGCUGCCCUCACAUGCUGCUGUCGGUGGGGUGAACACCAGUAGUGCUCGGGAGCCUGCGCCCCAGCCGCGGUCGCUGUCGGGGCUGUUUGCUUCGGACGAGGGCGAGUGGCUCGGGAGUGCCGUGCCUGUGGUUCGGAGCGUGCAGAGCAACCCCAACUGGACGGCAGCUUCGGCUUUAAGAGAAUACGAGUGGGUGAAGAGAAAGUUCCAAGGGGCGUGUGGCAGCUGCGAGCAAUUCUCGGAGACUCAGGUGAGGAAGCUGUUUGCCUUUGGGCUAGCUGUGUGGAUCAAGUACUGGGAGCAGUGGGGGGAAGAGAAGCCAGACUGGGCAUAUGAGCUGGAAGAGUGGUACGGUGGGGAGGAGGGCGAGGAGGAAGGUGAGGGAGAGGAGCAGGAGGAAGGGGAGGAGGAGAUGGGGGGCAACAGGCGGCAGCAGCAGCAGCAGCAGCAGCAGGGGGCAGAAGGGAAUCGGCGCCCGUCCUUCUUCUCCUCCUCCUUGGCCCAAUCCCUGCGCCGCCACGGCACCUUAGGCCGCAGCUCAGCCGCCCUCACUACUGCUCCCAUGCCCUCUCCUGUAGAAGCCCGGUGGGGCUCCCAAGGCUCGCUGCAGUACAGACUCGCCAAGGAAGCUCUAGCAGGGGCAGGGGCAGCAGGGGGAUCAGGGGGGGGAGGAGGAGGAGGGGGGUACUUGCAGGGGAUGGUAUGCAGGCAAGACGAGGUGGUGUUGCUGGUGGGUCUUGCUGCGUCCAUCUGCUCUUGGCAGCCUGCCACAGCGUGCAUGUGCCUGCUUCACCUCCUCGACCGCCUCGCGUUUCUUGAAUCCGCCGCUCGUGCUGCCGAGGCUGCUGCUGCGGCCGCAGCUGCUGCCGGCCUGGGAAAUGUGAGGACAGCUGCUGCUGCUGCGGCGGCUGCUACUGCUGCUCCUGCAGUCCCAGCUGGUGGUGCUGCUGCUGCUGCUGCUGCUGGUCAGCAGGCCCUGCUGCUCUCGCCCCCUCGCUCGUCGUCUCGAUUGGGGAGGAGCGCGGAUAGCCAGCCCACGUCUCCCACAUUCAGCCAGGCGCCAAGGGACGGUGCUUCUGCUUCUGCUUCUGCUGCUUCUGCUGCUGCUGCUGCUGCUGCUGUUGCUGCUGCUGCUGACAGUGGGAAACAACACCGCCACCACCACCACCAGCACCACCACGAGCAGCAGCAGCACGAGCAGGGUACGAGUCACAAGCGCCGCUUCUCUCUUGCGAUAGGCUCCGCUCUCCUCGGCUCGGCCUUCUCAAGCUUCCAACACUCGGGCUCUGCUGCUCCUGCUGCCGCUGCUGCCACCGCUGGCAUGCCUGCUCUCUUUGACCUCCUCCCGUCCGCUCAUCUCGCCUCCUGCCGUGCACUGGUCAUGAGCUGCCUUCGGUCCGUGCUUACUGCUUGCUUUGACCGCGCUGCUGCUAGUGGCGCUCUGGGAGGAGGGGGGGAGGAUGGUGGGGGAGCGGGAGCGGGAAUGGGACGGUCGAGCUCGAGGCAUGAGCUGGUGAUGCAGGCGCUGUUGAAGCAGCAGCAGGAGCAGCAGCAGGAGGAGGAGAUGCAGAGGAAGCAGCGUGCAGAGCAGGGGCAGGGGCAGGGGCAGGGGCAGGGGCAGGGGCAGGGGCAGGGGCAGGGUCAGGCGGGGGCACCAGAAGAAGGGCAGGGAGAGCAGUCCAAUCCCAAAGAUCAGGAGAAGAACCAGCAAUCAAGACCGCAACCACAAUCACAGCCCCAGUCACAGCCCCAGCCACCGCAGCAGCAGCCUCUAUCACCACCACCACCACCAGCAGCAGCAGCAGCAGCAUGGGCACCACUCCCUCUCUCAGCCCUUGCCGAGAUCGCACUAGCAGAAGGCAUAGCGCAGGCGAGGCACAGCAACUUGGCGGAGCGAUGCGAGGAGAUAGACAGACUCUACUACUCCUUCGGCUUCGGCCCCGGUCUCCUAGCUAUGAACCUCGCUGUGGAAGCCCGGUCUCUCAGGAACCUCUCUGCAGACGAUCUACUGGCAAUUGCACGGCACUGCGUCCGAAUGGGUUUACACGAGGCUGCUUUUAGGUUCGGCAUGGCCGCCGUAGCUACGGGCAGGCUCGGCGUGGACGGGUUCGGGCAGGUGAUCUCGAUGGUGUUUCUCGGGCGAGGGGUGGAGUCGGUUUCAGCGCGGUUCGCGCGGCUUGCCACUGCGAUCAAGAAUGCACCAGGAUCAGCUAUGGCUGCCGCGCCUACAGCUACAGCAGCUGCAGUGGCAGCUUCUGUAGCAUCCGCGCUUGGCCGUGCGGCGAUGGCAACUGCAGGGCUGCAUCUGCCGCCGCUGCCGCAGCCGACACCAGCUCCUGUGUACAUCGGGCAGUUUGCAGAUGCGAUGCUGAGAAGCAAGCAGCUGAAGCAGCGAUUCCCGUGGGCGUAUGAGGUCACUCUGAACUUCCUCAGGAUGAAUCUGAGGGGUAGUAGUCCUGGGGGUGGGCUCAGUAGUGGUGCUGCUGGGUCGUUUAACCUUUCUGGUGCGUCUGCUUCUGCUUCUGCGUCUGCUUCUGCUGGUGAUAGUGGUGGUGGUGCUGGGAAUGCAUUAGAAGCGCUAGAGCGCGAGCUAGCAGCGCACGUGGUGCUAAACCGGUGGCUAGGAAUAGGCCUCCCAGGAAGUGGCGUGCGCACAGUGGGGCAGGCAGAGGAGAGGGCAGUGGAGGUAGUAGAGCAGAUUGCAGACCCGGAGCAGCAGGUGGGGUGGGCCGUGUGGCUGCGCGUGGGACGGCUGCUGGAGAGCGAGCAGCCGCAGCUGCCCAUGCUGCUGGAGACAAUGCAAGUCAAGUCCGUCAUGCAUACAUACGAGCUCAUAGACGUCAACGGGGAGGCAGCAGAUUUCCUCUCUCUAGAAGCCUUUGACUGGGGCUUACAGGGGCUGCUAGCCUGCCUAGACCCCUCUGACGGGGCGGCGGAGCUCAUAGAUUUGAUUUACCCGCUGGACGAGGAGCGCGUGCUGCUGUGCCUCACCAUUGCCGCCCGCAUGGCUGCCACCCACACCGUGGGGAGCGGGCGGCGAUGGCCGACCCGGGAUCUGCCAAAGUUUGUCGCCCAGUUACUGUCCCUGGCUGAGACGUGGCGAAUGGAGGGCCAGCAGAUGUCGCGAGCAGUGAGCGUGGUCACUCUGCUGUGGGGAUGGGCGCUCCCAAAGAGAGAACAACUCAUGGACCAAUGCGGGUCUGCUGAUGAAGCAAGGGAAGUCCUGGAGCGCACUGCGUCCUCGAUAUGGAGGUCCCUUGCACGAG